UCGGGGGUGAGACUGUGUUGUGGUUUUCUCGGCGCAGCGUGACGCGAAUUAUUUUAUUAAAAAAAAGAAUAAAAAAAAACAAUACGAAAGCCAUCGAUUCAAAAUGUGAGGAAUCAUCUGAGGGGCCUGAAAAUGAGAGUGAUAAAGUGCUUCCAACACUGGGAGUGAUUAUCCACUGCGUUAAUUACGCGAAUGACGGAUUACCGUUAGUCUCGGGACAAAACGUAAAUAUGGAAACAGCAUGAGCUCGUGGAGAUGAACGUCUGAUUCUGGACUCUUGUCCAGAAGUCCAGGGGACAGUUGAAUUAUCGGUGAUUUUUUUAUUUUCCCUCAUCUAGCCAAUAGGAACUUGGUAACAGUGUGAUUGAUGUCGUCAUGACAGUAUCCCCGAGUUGUCAGCGGUUCACGCGAGUCGAAUCGUCAACAUCGAUUGGUGAGCUGGAGAAAACAAAAAAAAAAAACAAAUGAGUUUUCAUAAUGGAAUUCUAUCGUGUGGUGAACACUUGCUGGAGGAGAAUUGAUUAAUUAUCUAUGGUAAAUUUUUGAAUUCCGAAUAUAUCUCAUUAGGUCUGACGUUUAUUGAUCUAGUUAUUGAACUCGACUGAUCGGUGUGGUGUGUCUUGAAUGUGGAUAACGAUAUUCGAUCUUAAUUAUUGUCUCCUGUCAAAGUGGCCGUGAAAUAUUCGGUGGAAACAAUCAGUGCGCAUCUACUAGAAUUGAUAUUGAUGCUGGGCACGGGGCGGUGUCGGGAAUCAUUAACUGACGUUGAUAAAGUUACUUAUUACGGUUAUGAUUUUUUUCCGGUUGUGAAAUGUGGGGAGUGGAUUUGUUAUAGUGUAGUCAGGAUGAUGGGUUGUAUACGGUGCCAUUGGACGGUGCACAGCGGAGAAAAAUAGAGUUUGAAAGGGGAUAUGUGCCGUUUGGACGGAAUUUAUGGAUUACCUGAAAUUUAGUGCUUAUUCCGGGGAAAUAUAACACGGAAAUGGCUGUGCGAUGGCAAACGAGGUUGUCCAUUGUCGCCAUAUUCUUCAUGUGUUCUGAAGAUACAUUAAGCAUGGGUGAGGGUGUCAUGGAGAAGCCUGAUCACCAUUCAGCUCAGGUCAGGCCGCGCCAGCAGAUGAUCGAUUAUUCGAUCACUCAUAAGACGAUACUGGAACCGACAUUUGACGUCACCCAAGCCACAAAUGUCACAGCUCUCGUUGGAAAAACAGCUUAUCUCACUUGCAGAGUACGACAUCUCGGUAAUAAAACGGUUUCCUGGGUGCGACUUCGGGACAUUCACAUCCUGACGACUGGAGUUUAUACUUAUACGAGUGAUCAACGAUUUCAAGCGUUGCAUAGACAAAUCAAUGGCCACAAUAACGAGUGGUCGGAAUGGACAUUAUGCGUAAAAUGGGCGCAGGAGAGGGAUGAGGGCAUCUACGACUGCCAGAUAUCGACAAUUCCCCUGAAGUCCCAUCAAUUCUACCUAAAUGUUGUCGUGCCAACAGCAACAAUUCUUGGUGGACCAGAAUUAUUCGUGGGUGCAGGUAGUACGAUCAAUCUGACGUGCGCCAUUCGAUUCAGCUCUGAACCCCCAGCUUUCAUAUUCUGGUACUACGGUGACAAUGUACUGAGCUAUGACAGCCCAAGAGGUGGAGUAUCUGUCAUAACAGAAAAAGGCACUGACGUGACGACGUCAUGGCUGCUCAUUCAGUCAGCCCAACAGUCAGACUCUGGAGAGUACAGCUGUAAACCAAGCAACGCUAAUAUCGCUUCCAUCCGCGUACACGUUGUCAACGGGGAGAGACCGGAAGCAAUGCAAACCGGAACCGCAGGACCCAUUUUGUCGUCAAGCUGUCUUUUGGUAUCGCUCAUAAUUUUGUACAUAUCCUCAGUGUGAAGUUUGUGGAACGAAUAACCUGAAAACACUGAAAGUGACAUUCAAAUGAACAAUAUAAAGCUGAAUAUGUUUGAAUUCGUGGAUAAAUAGCUUAUGUAAAAAGUAUUAAGUAAUCUAGCGAAUCGUAAUGACGAUAAUUAAUGGCGAUAGCAUUGAUGAGGAAAUAAAGAGAAUGAGCUGAGUGAA